AAUUACGGGUCACCAAAGGCGCUCCAUUUCCCCCCGCUUAGUGUUGCCUUUUUAAUUGCUAUCUCCUGUGCCAAAAUAGUUGAAAGCAUUUUUCAAGGAAAGCCUUCAGAAAAAUUUCAGAAUUAUCUUGUUUUUGUUCAGAAGAGAGCUUGCACAGGAUGAACGUUUCUGGAACACCAAGAGUGCCAAAGGUUAGUCCCGAUCAUGUUUCUCUUGACAUUGCCAAAUUAGCAGAGUCCGUGGAACGAAAGUUGAAAAGCUUGCGUUCCUUUUCAGAUCUGUGUUUCAUCUACAGAGUUCCAAAACGACUACGUGAGUUAAAUGAAAAGGCUUACACACCUCAAGUAAUUUCCAUUGGCCCAUAUCACCACGGAAAAAAAGAGCUACAAGAAAUGGAAGAGCAAAAGAGACUGUACCUGAGGGAGUUUCUUGGAUUGUGCAAGGUAAGUGUGAAGGAUUUUAUUACAGCUAUUGCAGAGAGAGAGAGUAGAUUGCGUAAUUGUUAUGCAGAAACCACUGAUAAUCUAAGUAAAGAGGAAUUUGUGGAAAUGGUGUUGCUGGAUUGCUCCUUUCUCAUCAUGUUCUUGCUGAAAGCAUUUUCCUUUGAUAUCCAAGAAGCAAAUAUUGACCGCAUAUUCAAUAAACUAUGGAUGAGAGAAGAAAUACAGUUUGAUUUGUGCUUGCUUGAAAAUCAGCUUCCAUUCUUCAUUGUUGAGGACUUGUUCAAUCUAUCCAAAAUACAGCACCAUUGUGAGGAGCAUUCCAUGAUUGAACUUACUCAUGAUCUCUUGUCAGAUAAAUGGUAUUCAUGGGUGCCAGAGGACAUUUCGAAGCACUUCAAGUUGUCUAAAGCAGAGCAUUUUGUUGGCUAUCUAGCAAUCUGUCAGCGGCCAUCACAGCAUAUGCAGCCAACUAAACUUACAAAUUUAACAGCUCCGAGUGUAGCAGAGCUCCAUCAAGCUGGAAUGAAGUUCAAGUUAGGGUCCAGCAUAAACCUACUCGACAUAAAAUUUGAUGACAAUAAAGGGACGUUGGAGAUUCCACAUAAAAUUAUAGACGAUCAUACAGAAAUCCUAUUAAGAAAUCUCCAAGCCUUUGAGCAAUGCCAUUGCGGUGUAAAUAUAUAUGUAUGUGACUACAUUACAAUGCUCUCUUUCCUUGUCCCCUCAGCUAAGGAUGUGGAAAUACUCGUUAAGAAUGGAAUCCUAGAAAAUUGUCUCCCUGAUAAUGAAGCAGUUGCAAGCCUUUUCCGCAAUCUUUCCAAGGAAAAUACUCUCGCCAUUGACACUUUCUACUAUUCUGGUUUAGUUGAAGAUCUGAACAAGUACUGCGGAAAACGGAGACACAAAUGGAAGGCAACCUUGAAACAGAAGUAUUUUGACAAUCCAUGGACAAUAAUCUCUCUUGUAGCAGCUACUGUUCUUCUCAUACUCACUAUCACGCAAACAGUGUGUUCAAUCAUUCAAGUUGUUUGAUUAUGCUAUUUCAGUUGUUUUCUAUAAAUUAACGGUGUAUUCUGUAAUCGCAUCCUAUGAAAUUACUGUACAUGUUCUUCAAUAACUAAUCAAUUUUUUCUCCC